AUGCUAACAAACUGUGACGCGGGGCUCCCAUUGUUUCGAGAGUAUGCUCUAAAAUCCGUGUGGUUACCAAUCAUUGCAUUUCGAAAUGAGGAUGAUGAAAAAAAGUUCGAGUUUGAUUAUUCAACAUGGUCUAUACUCAAAUCGAAAUUACCUACACAAGUAAACAUAUUAACCAUGGAACCGUUAACACAAAAUAAAGAUGUUGUCAGUGUUUUAUUUCGCCUUGAACAUUAUUAUGGUGAGAAUGAAAAUGCAAAAUUAUCAGCAUCUGUUAAUGUGAAUUUACGGACAUUAUUUUCUGGAAAACGAGUAUUAGAAGCAAAAGAAAUGUCAUUAGGAGGAAAUCUGAUGAAAAAUGAAACAUUUGGACGAUUAAAAUGGAAUGAACGAGAAAGUAAUGUCACACAUGAAAAAGAAUCAGAACUAUUUGAUGAAGUUAGAAUGAUUGUCCAUUUAAAACCAAUGGAAAUACGAACAUUUGUGCUGAAACUAUCUAAUAAUUAA